AUGGAGGACAGCCAUUUCCGUUACAGUGCCUCUCAUCAACCCUCUCCCUUCUCCCCGAACACACAUCCUCUCCCCCGAGACCGAUCCGCCUCAAUGCUCUCCUACAACGAGGCCACUUCCACCGCCCUCGAACCGCAUGCUCCGCAGCAUCGUAACGGCACCACCAGCGACGAAGAAGGCCAACCUCCCCCGCGAUACACCCGCGAGAAUGACCCUUUCCGACUAGCCUCCAAGCUGAAGACAGCCGAAGAGAUCCGCCAGAUCCAGCCACAAGCCAACAUGGCGCGUAAACGAGACAGUUGCACCCCCGCUACCAUCAUCCGACGGACCAAGACCCCCAAGGAAGCACUAGCCCGGACACUCGCAUCCAAACAGCAACUCCAGGGCUUCUACGAGUCUCAGAACGAGAACAUCGAACGCAUGCUCAAACCCGUCGAGGAACACGUUCGCGCCGCGCGCGAAAUCAACACAAACAAUCAACUCAAAUACAAGAUCGCCGUGUACGGCAGCUUCAUCGCGAACGUCAUCCUCUCUAUCCUGCAACUCUACGGCGCCAUUGCAUCGGGUUCCCUCUCCCUCUUCACUACCAUGGCGGACGCCGUCUUCGAUCCCAUGUCCAACCUUACUCUGCUGGUGUGCAACAAGGCCGUUAAUCGCGUCGAUCCGCGGAAGUUCCCAGCGGGGAAAGCCCGGAUCGAAACAGCGGGUAACAUCUGUUUCUGCUUCCUUAUGACUGCCGUCUCGUUCAUCCUUAUCGCUUUCUCCAUCCGCGAGCUAGCAGAGGGUUCCCAGUCUGAGACGGGCCAGUUUCAUCUCCCGUCUGUUAUUGCUGUUGUUGUCGCGUUCUGUACGAAGCUCGGUCUCUUCGUUUACUGCUUUGCGCUGCGGAAUCAGGUGUCUCAGAUUCGUAUCCUCUGGGAAGACCAUCGGAAUGAUCUGCUCAUCAACGGAUUCGGUAUCCUUACCUCUGUCGGUGGAAGUAAACUCCGCUGGUGGAUUGAUCCCAUGGGCGCUGUCAUUCUUUCUGUUCUUAUUAGUUGUCUCUGGCUUCAUACCGCUUAUCAUGAGUUUCAGCUUCUUAUCGGUGUCACCGCCGAUACGAAGAUGCAGCAGUUGAUUACGUAUAUCUCAAUGACCCACUCCCCCUUCAUCACCGCCAUCGAUACCGUCCGCGCAUAUACCUCCGGUCCUCGCCUUCUCGUCGAAGUCGACGUCGUCAUGGACCCUAAUGACUCCCUGCGUGCGACGCACGACGUCGCCGAGGAAUUGCAGAUGAAGCUUGAGUCUCUGCCUGAUGUCGAGAGGGCUUAUGUCCACGUGGAUUACGAGACUACGCACAAGCCUGAGCAUUUCCUGAAGAAGGAGCUGUAA